AUGAGUAACAGGAGUCUACCAUUGAUUGCUUCAUCAGAAGUCGCCAAACACAACACUGAGAAGGACUGUUGGGUUACCUUAUACGAACGUAAAAUCUACAACGUUACUUCAUUUCUUAAUGAACACCCAGCUGGUGGUGAUAUCAUUUUACCUUAUGCUGGUAAAGACGUUACUGAAAUCAUGGCUGAUGCCACAAGUCACUCUCAUUCUGAAUCAGCUUAUGAAAUGUUGGAUGAUGAUAUGUUGAUUGGUUACAUGGCUACUGAAAUUGAAGAACGUGAAUUAAUCAACAACAAAAACAAUACCCCGGUGGAGAUGAAGUUGGUUACUUCAACAGAUUCACAAGGUAAUGAAUUUGACAUGUACACAUUCCAUGAUCAUUUACCUGCAUUGGAGAAAUUAUCUAUUCAAACUGAUUUUCAUGAAGAUGCCAAGAAACACAAGUUUUUGGAUUUAAACAAACCAUUGUUGAUGCAAUUGUUGCGGUCUAAUUUCACAAAGGAAUUUUAUCUUGAUCAAGUUCACAGACCUAGACAUUAUGGAAAGGGAUCAGCACCAUUAUUUGGAAAUUUCUUGGAACCUAUUUCGCUAACUCCAUGGUGGGUAGUUCCUUUAGUCUGGUUACCUCCAAAUAUGUACAUCUUUUACGUUGGAUUUGUUAAUCAAUCACCAAUUAUCGCCUUGAGUUUCUGGGUGAUGGGAUUAUUUGUUUGGACAUUGGUGGAAUACUGUUUACAUCGGUUUAUAUUCCAUGUUGAUGGCUUGUUACCUGAUCAUCCAUAUUUCUUAACUUUACAUUUCCUUUUACAUGGCGUUCAUCAUUACUUACCAAUGGAUGGAUAUAGAUUAGUUUUACCACCAACAUUAUUCAUUGUUCUUGCUUACCCAUUUUAUAAAUUGGUGUUUAGUAUAUUCCCAUUUUAUAUGGCUUGUUCAGGUUUUGCUGGUGGUACUUUGGGUUAUAUAAUGUAUGAUGUUACUCAUUAUGUAUUACAUCAUACUAAAUUGCCUAAAUUUUUCCAAGAGUUGAAAACAUAUCAUUUGGAACAUCAUUACAAGAACUAUGAAAUGGGCUUUGGUGUUACUAGUAGAUUCUGGGAUGUUAUUUUUGAAACUGAAAUUCAUGAUACUUUUGAAAAAAGGGCUUAA